UUAGCUUGAUCUGUCACGAAAUAUCAAGAUUGGUGGAAAAUGUCGACAAAAUGUCCACUUUACUGUUGAAUUCAAAGAAACCCGGAGUACAGUUUGAGGACAAAUGGCACGAACUUAAGCCCACAGUGAAUAAACUCUUGAAACAACAAGCCGUCACCACGCAGGAAUGGCAGAAUCUCUUUUGGGAUGUUCACAAAAUAUGUAAUUGGGAUGAAAAGGGGGGCCAGAAAAUCUACAAAGCUUUGAAAGAUGAAGUCACCAACUUUAUUAAACAAGUACAAGAGCGUGUUUUGAAGCACGAAGAUGACUCCACAUUGUUGAGAGCCUACAUUGGUGAAUGGUCCAAGUUUUUCACUCAGUGUAACUAUCUCCCUAAACCUUUUGGCACAUUGGAGUCAAAUUUACAAGGAAAAGCUGGUGGAGGAGCAAGCAAAAGACCUCUCACUGAUGGAAUAACAGUCCAGAAGUUGAUGUUGGAUAGUUGGAAUGAAGGUAUAUUCUCCACGAUAAAAUCAAGACUGCAGUCAAGCGCCAUGAAGUUGGUUCAUGCAGAGAGGAAUGGAGAGGCUUUUGACUCUCAGCUUGUUAUUGGUGUUAGAGAAUCAUAUGUUAAUCUUAGUUCAGAAAUUUUGGACAAGCUGAAAAUAUACAGAGAGAAUUUCGAGAAGGCAUACUCUGAGGCCACAGAGGAAUUUUACAAAACUCAAGCAGCUGUAUAUCUUCAGGAAAAUGGAGUACAAAAUUACAUGAAAUAUGCUGAAAUGAAGUUGAAAGAAGAAGAGCAGAGAGCCGUGCGAUACCUUGAAACAAGGAAGGGCUGUGACUCAGUUGCAGUGCUUACAGAGCGAUGUGUGUGUGUUCUGGUUGCAAAUUUUAAGGAGACUAUUUUGGCUGAGUGCCCUGGAAUGAUUGCUGCAAAUGAAACAGAGAAACUACUUCUAAUGUUCCAGUUGAUGGAUCGUGUACGAAAUGGAGUAGAUCCUAUGAUAGCCAAUUUAGAGUCUUACAUCGUCACUACAGGUCUUGAUGAUAUGAAAGCCUGCGCCGACACUAUAACAUCUGAUUCCGAGAAAUAUGUGGAGGAACUGCUCACAUUGUUCAACAGAUUCAGUAAACUGGUUAAAGAAGCUUUCAAUGAUGAUCCACGAUUCCUCACAGCGAGAGAUAAGGCCUUUAAAACAGUUGUGAAUGACAGUACAAUUUUCAAGUUGGAACUCCCCAACAAGAACAAAGGGGGUGGAAGUGGUGGUUUGAAUGUCAAGACACAGCCCGAGUCUCGAUGUCCAGAAUUGCUGGCCAAUUUCUGCGAUAUGCUGCUUAGGAAAACGCCCUACAGCAAAAAGCUAACGUCCGAUGAAAUCCAAGCAAAGCUGAAAGAUGUUCUGUUGGUUCUUAAGUACGUCAUCAACAAAGAUGUUUUCAUGAGGUACCACAAAGCACACUUGACUCGGCGAUUGAUCCUGGAUACAUCAGCAGACAGUGAAAUGGAAGAAAACAUGGUGGAGUGGCUCAGAGAUGUAGGAAUGCCUGCCGACUAUAUAAACAAACUAGCCCGUAUGUUCCAGGACAUAAAAGUCAGCAAUGAUCUAAACCAGGGCUUCAAGAAAGAAUACCAAGACAAGGGCGAUAUUGCAGACUCGGUUAACAUUAAGAUUCUGAAUGCGGGUGCUUGGUCAAGAGCUUCAGAGAGAAUUCCUGUUUCUCUCCCGACCGACCUUGAAGACUAUAUUCCGGAAGUAGAAGAGUUUUAUAGGAGGAACCAUAGUGGUCGCAAAUUACAAUGGCAUCAUUUAAUGUCUAACGGAGUUAUAACUUUCGCCAACAAAAUAGGAAAAUUCGACCUGGAAGUAACGACUUUUCAAAUGGCUGUUCUCUUCGCUUGGAAUGAACGACCACAAGAGAAGAUUUCCUUCGAGAACUUAAGGCUCGCUUCUGAACUUCCAGAUUCAGAACUCCGCCGAACGCUUUGGUCCCUAGUUGCUUUCGCCAAGCUCAAGAGACAAAUUCUCUUAUGUCAACCGGAAGCCAAGUCACCAAAGGAUUUUACAGACAGUUCGUUAUUCUGGGUCAAUCAGGAAUUCGCAGUAAUAAAAAAUAGCAAAGUCCAGAAAAGAGGUAAAGUGAAUCUCAUAGGCCGCUUACAGCUUUCGACAGAGAAGGCAAAGCAAGAGGAGAAUGAUGGUAUUGUGGCUCUAAGAAUUCUGAGAAUACAGGAAGCGAUUGUGAAGAUAAUGAAGAUGAGAAAGAGAAUAACGAACGCCGCUCUUCAGACAGAAUUGGUAGAAAUUCUUAAGAAUAUGUUCAUCCCCCAGAAGAAGAUGAUAAAGGAACAGAUCGAGUGGCUAAUAGACCACAAGUAUCUCCGACGAGAUGAGGAGGACAUUAACACUUUCUUAUACGUGGUAUAACCACGGGACGAGAAAACGUUUUCAACUUUUUCAAACUGCCCAGCUUCAAGUCUAUCCCGUACUCAAGGCCGUCGUUCCCCUUGACCAGCGGUUGAGCUAAAGACCGUUGGUCAAAAGAAAUACAGGUUUUAAAAUGAGAUUGUUGUUAGGCUGUUCCAAAAUCUUACUUUUGGCCAUUUUUUUUUCUUAAUUUUCUUUCCAAG